GUUAUCGGGUCUCAAAGCACAAAUAAAAUCGUCGGUCAAACAUCAGAGAGGCGGCGCCGCCCCUCGUGUCCCUCCGCGGACACCGUAGCCCCUGCAUGGCCCGCCGGGAUCAUGUUGAAGGUGACAGAUAGUGCCAUGCCGGGAGCCUUGAGCUUCUUGCCGAUCGCCGUCUUCGCUGACACCGGUGACGCGGACAAAGAGGUCCCGGUCCCAGCUCCGGUCCCGGCCCCGCUGAACCGGGACGAGCUGUCUCUGUACACGGCUCCUGCACAGAUGUCCCGGUAUGCGGAGCCCGAAGCGGGUCAGCUGGAGGAGAGUGUCGCCACCGUCAGGAAGUUGGUGGAGCCGUACGCCGCCUGGUGUCAGAACACCUACGGCAAAAUCAAACCCAAAGUCCAGAGCGUGGUCCGGUUCGGGAGCGACACCUACGGCUACUUGAAGGACCCCCCGAAGGACUUCUACCCGCGGGCGGGAGUGAUCGGCUUCACCGGGGUCCUGGGACUGUUCCUGGCCAGAGGCUCCAGGAUUAAGAAGCUCCUGUACCCGGCGGGCCUGAUGACCGUGAGCGCCUCCCUCUACUACCCGGAGCAGGCGGCGGCCGUCGCCAAGUCCACCGGGGACUCGGUCUACGACCGCGCGGUGCAGAGCUACGCCGCCGUGGAGAAGAUGCUGAACCCGCAAAGCAAAGCCGAGAAGGAGCCCGAGAGCAAACCGUGAUGGAGGCAGCGCGGCUCCGCAGCACCUCAGCAAUAAGAAAUCCAACAGCAGCUUUAAUUCUGACACUGUAGACCGACACGCGCUACCUGGACUGCAGGCUGUGUGACUUUUUCAUGCCCACUCUUUGCACUAUGCUUCACAUGUUCACUCAGGCCGGGCAUGGCCUGUCACGGAGGAAGUGUGACUAGAAUGAUUGUAACUUCUGCUUCUGAUUUGAAUGUAUAUUUAUGUAGAGAUAAAUCAACGUGUCUUACAAUUAAAAUCAGGUUUUACCACCUUCA